AAGCGGCAAAAAAAAGCGAGCUGCGCCAAGUCAACGCCUGGAAUGAAGUACAAAACGGAAUCAGAUGCAAUGGACGUGCUUGUUACGCUUGUUGGGAGAAUUGCAGCAGCCCGAGAGGCAGAGGUUGCGCUCGGAAGAGAGCAGGAACAAGAGGUAUCCGUUCGAAUUCGCGCCGAGCACCACAAAAUGCUCGACGACAUUCGCAAGCGCAUUAGUGAGAUUGAAUGCGAAAUGAGCUCCGCCGCUAGCCCGAUUAAACUUCGACUGCAGGGAGAUUUGAACUUUUUCCUCGAGGAGCGACACCGGAGCAUGGAUGACGUGCGUUCACUUGGACAAGGCCAGCUAGACUAG